AUGGAGGGCGCAUUGUGCACCGUCCGAAUCAGGCCACUGAUGCACUUAUGCCCCGGCACAUUUCCCACAGCCUGCUGCGCCGGAUUCCGCACACGACAAAGGACAUCCGGCCACAAUGGCUCCAUUAAAAUAAUGCAAGUAAAUGAGGAUUUGCGGACUCGAGUUCCCGAAUCGCGUUCCCUUCACAAUGGCGGGCAGGCCUCAGUCAGACGACGACAUGCACGAACAUGUUUCAUUAGCUAA